AUGACGGUUAUAAUUGAUCAAGGCGCAGAGAAGUCCAAUAUCUUGGACACAGAUACCUCAAAAAGCAGUGUUUUGACUGAGACCGAAGAACCAAGGCCGGUGCUUGAAUCGAAAAGUACCGUAGAACACAAACCGCUGGUUUUAGAACAGAAUGGCGGUGGUGUUUCGAUAUGGACCACCCGGAUUGUGAUUCUUGCGGGCGGAUCAGUUUCGAAUAUCUUGUGCUCUGUAUCUUCGCAUUAUCUUAUUUUAUGGCUGGCGAAUGCCAACACCAACCCCAAUCCAUGA